CACUUCAAAUCUGCAUGAUUUCAACCUCCAUCCUUCCUCCAAAUCUAUUGCAACCGUAUUUCGUCAACAGAGCCCAGGCCUUCGUGGGAUCAGAAAUCACACCAACCGGCUACCCUAUAUACCUCAGCAUCGCAAGAUACAAACACGAGCGCAAUCACGAUACAAUGGCUCUUAAACCCCCAAGUCCCCUUCUGGAUUUGACUGAUAGAUACACUGAGCAUCUCAGGGCGAAUGCGAGGCGUCAUUUUCCUCCGGAAACAUCAAUGGAGAAACGCCGCAUGUGGAGCGAGGGCCACCCCGAAGUGACUGACCGAAGCUCGCGUGUCUUUGUCCCGGGCAAUCUCAACGGCAUUCCCAUCGAUGCUCUUCCGGACAGUGGCGCCGACAACUGCUGUAUCGAUCUGGCCAUUGCCCAAAAGAACAACCUCGAGGUCUUGCCGACAAACAAGACGCGCAUCGUGCUGGGCUCCGGCAAGGCGAUCUACCCUGUGGGGGAGGUGCGCGCGGAUUGGACGUUCAGGGGCGAACACGAGGUCCACACGCUCGUUUUAUAUGUCCUGAAAACCCUCACUGCCGACCUGGCGCUCGGAAACCCGUUCCUCAAGGCGACCAAGACAUUCACGGAGUACAAGAGCCGCAUCUCACGCACCGCGGGCGCCCUGUCCCGGAAGCUUUUCCGUCUCAUGCUCCUCGGGGGCGGCACCGACAGGAUCCGUGGCUAUCUCGAUGGCGAGGAGGUCCAUGCCCUUCCCGACACGGGCGCGGAGAUCAUGGCCAUGUCGACCGCCAUGGCGCUGCGGCAGGGCUACGUGGUAGAUGACCGGGAGGAGAGCCGCAUCAUGAUCGAAUUUGCCGACGGCUCCACCAAGCUCGCCCGCGGCCUUGUUCGCGGCCUAGAAUGGGGCUUUGGGCCCGGGAGCAAGCCGGCCAGCAACAAUCCUGACAGCCCUGGCUUGCCUAGGGCCAGGUGCGACUUUUACGUUGUCGACGACCUCCCUGUGGAUGUCAUCCUGAGCGCCGACUUCGUGCUUGACUUUGACGUCUUUUCACCAAAGUACGAGGCGUGCUUCUUUGACGGCCCCGCGGAUACCAGUCUCGGGAUGUUUUGCAACAUCCGCGUCGUCAAGAAAUGGCUCAAGAAUGUCCCGCGACUUUGGGGCCAACGGUCCAGCGCCAUUCCGGCCACCCAGCUGGCCAGUGUGAAUUUCACGAACCUCGCAAAUACCUUGCCAGACGCCUUCCCGCCGCCUGUCGUGAUGCGCGAGUGCAAACGCAGAAACGACAUCAUCGCCGCCAACUGGCCGGGCAUGGACCAGGCCGCUAUAGACCAAGAGAAGAACUACUGGCGUGCCUGGGACGCCGCCAAGGAACAUUACUAUUCUAGGAGGCGUCCUCCACGGCAACCAGAUCGCGCUGGAGGCCCCCCAGGCCGCGGCGGAGUGCAAGCUAGCUCGGACGGGGGGACGUCAAGCCUCUCGAGUCCGGGUCAAAGCUCCACACCAACGUCAGGGGCAUCGGCGGCAAUCCCUCUCGCCAAUAUCCAGCCACUGCCCAGACCGACGACCGGGGACCUCACAGAAUGGUCCAGGAUGGUUGAUCGUGUCUUUUCUCCAAGUGUGCAUAACACAAGGUGACGACUUCCUAGCUUCUAUUCCUUUCCUCAGCUUUCCCGUCUCGGCCCGCCUAAGAAAUGAUUGGUACAUCUUGUUCCGUAGCGCAAGGCACAAGCUACUGGGCAAUGAAUUUCCUAGAAUGAACAACAGAGAUAUAUGUCUGCUUUGCUCUCUGGAGUAACCGUAGUUCCGA